GUUUGUUUAGUGAGUUAAAAUCAUUUUGAAUAUUUUAACAUGUCCUGUAUGGCAACCUUUCCAUCCAAAGUAUCAUCAUAGUAGCCGUUUUCUGAACCUUUCCAACAAUUCGAAAGUAUUGUGAAAAAGUAUGUCAGAAACAAGUUAUGCCGAAAACAAAUGUUUGUGUGCUCAAGAUGUCCAAGUUAAUGAUCAAUGUAAGGAAAGAGAUGCAAAAGUAGAAGUAGUUAAUUUAUAUAAAGAGGAUAGUUUUAGUUCAGACUCCUUAGCCAGUAAGAAGAAAUUAAGCAAAUCUGGUAUUGAAGAAAAUUUAUCAAAAAGCUCUUCAGAUGUACAGAUAAAAGAUACUGCAUCUCUAGCUGAGAGCAGUGCAGGUAAAGAUCAAGGCUUGGAACAUUGUCUUGGACCGACAAAACCCGGAAACUGGCGAAGUUCAAGUGAUGGAUCAUCAAAGAUUAUAACAGAACCCAGGCUCCUUGAAUUAGCCAGUAGCCAUUUAUCUGUGUCAGAUAGAAAUGUGUCAAGAAGGCGUUCUGAAUCAGACAGCCGAACUGAGGCAUUGAAGGCUAAGAUUGAAGACAAAUUUGAGAAACUUCAACAGGAGUUGCAGGAUAAAGCCAAACAUAAUUGUAUUUUAAAUUCAACUACUAAAACAAAUAGAGUCAGUGAAGAUGUGGAGGCUACAGGAGCUUUGCUUUUCAGAGAAAGAUCAGAUCAUUUAUCUGAAGAACACUCAGAAGAAAGUGAUGUUGUUAAAAGUGGAAAGAGAAUUCUGUCAGUAGCAGAGGUCAAGGAACAUGCUUUUGCUAGAUUGCAGGAAGAGCUGAGGAAAGCACAAGAGGAGCUGAAGUUAAAAGACGAAGAAGUUGCUCGUCUCUGCCAGAUCAGAGAUGAGGUUGGUGCUGAACUGGAAGAGUUAACUGCCAGUCUUUUUGAAGAGGCUCACAGUAUGGUUCGUGAAGCAAAUAUAAGACAUGCAAAAUCUGAAAAACUAUUAAUAGAAGCAAAUCUUAAGAAUGAUGUUAUUCAAGCUGAAGUUCAGGCUUUGAAAACCCUUGUAAUUACUUCAACUCCCAGUAUGCCUAAUCACCAUCUUCACCCUCAACUUACUGGCAGGCAUAAUGGUGUUAAUGCUGUCCUACGCUCAGGACACAAACGUUCUCCUAGUAACUAUGAAUUAGCCUCACAGACAGAAUCUCCUCCAUGCUCACCUAUUAAAGGAGCUUCUACCUUUCUUAGUAGGACAGAUAAUUUAGAAGUUGACCCAGUAUGCCAUGAAGAAUUUGUCAGUUGGAGAAAAAAUCCUCACCAAGUAAAAACACACCCUUUUUUGAUGCGUAUCUACAAAGAAGAUAUAUGGCCUUGCUUGAGAUUUUCAAAUGAACAGCUUGCAAAGGAAGUUUUAAAAGCCAUAGAAGACAACAGUAUUGUCAUUGAAGCUGUCAGUAGCAAAACUCCCUUCCCAAAAAAAUGCUGUCUGCUAGAAAUUCCAAGACUCUGCAAGUACAGAAUGAAACUUGGAGAAGAAAAGCAGUGGUAUUACCUCUCUCAGCUUUGUCGAAAUAGGAUAGCAGCUGUUUGUGAAUUCUUUUGCUACCUGAGAUACAUUCAACAAGGGCUGGUCAAAAGUGGUAUACAUGAAGUUUACUGGGAAGUCAUGAGAAGACGACAAGCAAUGGCAAUGGCUCGUCUAGGAUUAUCUCUCCCCUGAAUGGUGUAAAGCUGAAUUAUGGUCACAAAUAUAGGGAUUAUAGGUUUUUUUUAUGUUUUAAGGAACAAUUUAAGUGGACUUUUUUAUGUACAUAUGUGUAAUGGUAUUUAUUUAAAGAUAUACUGGUGUCAAAUGAGUAGCAUACACCUUGUUAUUAUUCAGGAAUUAGUAAAUUUAUUUAUUAAAAUAUCAACUGCAAAAAAAAAAAAUGUAAUGGUCUAAUUUUAGGAAAAUAGUUUUAAGUCUGUUCUUUACAAUUUGUCAAUGAAAUAAAAUUCACAUCUACAUUUAUUUUAUAAUUUGUAUAGUGUAAGUAACUCUCAGGUUCUAAAAGGGAGAAUUUGGUUUUAUAGAAGAAUAUAAUUUAACAAAUGUAUAUAUAUAUAUAUAUACACACGUAAGUAUACACAAACACACACACACACACCACAUAUAGUAUUUGUAAACUUGAUCUGUAUGCAAGUAGUUGCAGUUUGAACAUGUCAAAAUGUUAGGUUAAUUUUUCAUCUCUCUUGAAGCACCUGAAUAUAACUUAUUUCAAGAGUUUGGAUGAAAUUUGUGUUUGAGAAACAUUUUAUAUUGUGCACUAAAGUAAAGAUUUUUUAAAUAUGUUCUUAGCUCUUUUUUAUGUUUUUAAAACUUGUUUUUUUUCUACUACUUUUACUCUCUGCCUAAUCCUUUAAAUUUAGGUUACUGGUUCUUGACCUUUAAUUUUCCUAGAUUUAAAAUAAAUUUAAGGUUGAUAAGACAGAGAAUAUUAGUGAGUGACAUAGUAUUCCACUUUUAUAUAUGUAUAUACAGAGCUGGAUUAAAGGACUGGGAAAUUGGUGUAACAGCAGUCCCUCCUGGAUUGAAGAGGCCUCACCAAACUAAGAGAAAAAUAUAUUAAUCAAAAACUAGAUAUCACAUUGAAAAAUAUAUUUUUGCAACUGUAUCACUAUAACAACAGCAAUUUUAGUGAUUUUAUGUAAAGCUGUUUAAUAAUAAUUCAUUGACACUUUCUUACAACUUGUUCCUUCAUAAAUAUUUGCUUGGCUAUUUAACAAAACAAUUCUUCAUUACUUCAUUAGAAAACUUUUUUGUAAUUACUGCAUAUUUAUUAUAAGUAUUAGAACUAAUUUCUUGUGUUUGUGUAUUACUCCAACUGUAGUAAAUAAAUAGUAUUUAAUUUUCCCCUUACUAAAUUUGUCCUAGGUCCCCAAGUACUUAAUCCAACCCUGUAUGCAUGUAUUUUAUUUAUAAUAAUUCUAGAGUUAUUGUUAAAAUGUUAUUGUGCCUUGGAGAAUUGGCCAAUUUAAAGCUACCAUUUCAGUUUUUAUGACGAAUCUAAUUCAAACCUAUGAUAGGAAAAUGUGUAUUUCAGAUUUUCAAAGUAAUAUUUGUAUAUGAAAACACUGUAAUCGGUUUUUGGUAGGAUGCAAUUAUAAGUAGGUAUAGCACAAUGAUAAAUAAUAGAUUGAAAUAUUAAUAUAAACCAAGAAACUUGCAUGCAGUAUCAAAUAAGUCAAAGGAUCUCCAUAAACACUCUUAAAAUCACAUAAACAUUCUCAUUCUGAUAUGUUAAAAUGCAAAAACAAAACAAAUUAUUUAUUUUAUAACUUAUGAAAAAAAUGUAUUGUAACAUUUUCAACCUAUUGCAUUUUUUAACUUUGAAUCUCUUAGCUUGUCUUAGGUGUGCCCUUUGUUUUUCUUAAGUUUUUCACAUGCUUUUGAUUUGUAAUUUUGCCUAUUAUCUCCUCUUUGAUAUUGUUAUCAAACUACUGCUUAGAGAUAACUUCUAUACUAGAUAUGUUUUAUUUUAAUUACUUUUUACAUUGUAGAGAAAAUAUUGAUGCAAAUGAACCUCAUUUUCGAUGUUUUGAGAGUUGUUGAAUACUACAUAAAAGGGAAAUGUACAUUCUGUUCUAAAUUGUGAUACAUUCUGACGGUUUUGUUUUCUUACUUUGUUCGGGUAUUUUAUUACUUAAUCGGGUAAUUUUUAUAAAAAAAAUUAUUUGCAAGAUAGAUACACAGUGCUUAAUGUUUUUCUUCUUGUGUAUGUCCUGCUGGAGAAAUGAAAAUUUGAACUUAUAUUGAAAAUAUAAUGAUAAUGUUGCUGUAUGAUAACUGAAAUAAUUAACCCCUUAACCAGCAGUCCUGGAAAAUUUCCAUGAUUAUGUGUCUUUGCUUUCCUGAUGCCCCUGAAAAAUAUAUGUGUAAUGUGUAACUGAGUUCCAUGGCUGUAGAUAGAUGGCAGAACAUGUCAGUAAUAUGUAUGCAUUUUCAUAUAUUAAAUUUCAUCCUUCUUUUUUGUAUUACUCAUCAGUUGUCAGUGACUGACAGGCAUGGCUGGCUUCUGUGGGGAAAUGCAAGUUUUUUAUGGAUAGUGUUAGUGAAAUAGAUUUAGAAUAUGAAUUUAACAGUGCUAGAAGUUGUACCAAGUGAUGCAUUUGUUAAGCCAAAACCUAAACAUAGAGCUGGGCAAACUAGGCUUUCCCUCACAGCAACUUCACUGCACAAUCGUUGGAAAGAUAUUUUUGCACUCAGGAUUCCCUGAACCAAAAAUAAGAAAUAUCCAAGCAGAGUGUUUAAAGUAUGUCCUGGAAGGAAGGUAACAAGGUGGGAAAGUGCCACUGCAUAAUGCUAACUGUUUUGUAACUUAUCACACCCAGAUAUUGUCAUAAUUGUUGUAAAUUGAGGCACAAGAAUAUGUAAAUAAUGUAGAUAUGACAUUCAGAACAUAUGUUAAAAAUAGCGUAUGUCUAUAUAUAAGUGUAUAAGGUUUUGAAUAUCAAAUACAUGCAGAAAUCAAAGUCCCACAAUUUGCUUGAAGAAAAACUUGCUGGGAGGGGGUUAUUAAUGUCUAAAACACUGUUGUUUAAGGGGUUGAAUCACAUAAGAGCAAUAAUGAAACAUAAUUUCAAUGAAAACUUCUUGUCUUUUAUAUUGUGAUAAAUAAUUUUUUAAUUUUGUGAUUCUGUCACAAAUUGAUUUUUAUGUAUGUUUUCUUAAUUAUAGAUUAAGCACAAAUACAUUAAACAAAUGGUUUUUACCACAUAAUUCAUGAUGGAAAACCUGGCAUUUGGAUAUAUUGUUUAAUGAAAAAAGUUGAAAUAAUGAUGCAUACGUUUUUGUAGGACAUAUUUCAGCUGUUAGUGUUAUAAAUUUAUGUUGUUUUCCACUGUUCUUCACAUUUUUAAUUUGUCAAAUGAAAAGUAAUUAUAAAAAUGAGCAUAUUAUAAAAUGUAAUGUAAAUUUUAAGAUUGAUUUUAAAAUAUAUAUGAAAUUUAAUCUCUCCAUAAUAAGACUUAAAUCCAUAGAUCCUUGUAGCUUCCUCAAUAACUGCUCUAAUGUCCUUGUCUUUCUUGUUGUCUAUUGGAUGUUAAUGUUUUAAUGUAUACUAAUUCAGAUAUAUAUAUAUAUAUUGUAUUUGUGAAUCUAUAUUAUUCACCAUACAAAGUUGUAACAGUGUCAGCUUUGGAUGCAGUAGUGGUAAUAGAAAGUAUGAUGAGGAUAUCACAGAUAAUGAAAACUAAAAUAUGUUGCCUCCUCUGGUAUACUUCAAUAUACAUUAAAACUAAAAGUUGUAUAUUUGCUUAUGUUACUUAGCUUCAGAAUUGGAAAAAGACAGUAGAAUGGUGUGAAUAAUGUUCUGAAUUAAAGUGUGAAAACAAAA